GGCGGAUUUCUUCUUCUUCCAAAACCCAAUCUUGCUAUAAUGGCUUCAAGGUUUGUGGCAAAGAGCUUCAUAUUUUCUCUUCUCGUUUCUCUGUGCAGCUCUCACAUUACAGAUAUUUCUGUUGGUUUCUCCCAUGAAGCAAGCCAAAACAGCUUGACCCCAUUGUCAACAAUAGAAGCAGAAAGGUUUCUAGAGACCAAUAUGCGGUUGGAAGUUUUCCUUGCAAAGCCAUUGGCCUUGUUAGAUUAUGUCUUCAGCUCCGGUAUUUCAAUUGAUCUCUCCAGGCAUCAAGUUAAAAGGUUUCUGGAGUCCAAAUUAUUGGACAAUUCAUGGGUCCAAAAAGAUCUUCAAAUGAGCAUUAGUAGCCUAAUUGUUAGUUUUACUGAAGAUAGCCCUCUACUUCUCCUACCAACAUUGCAUUUAGUUCAAUCUGCUUUGAAAGCUAGUGGGCUUGAUAAGAAUAUUAAGAUCUCUGUCAUGUUUUCUUUGCCAACCCUUGAAAACUUAGCUAAGAAUUCAGAGAAGGAUCUGCAAAAGAUCAUUAAGUUUUUAAGACAUUCUCAAUCUUUUCUCACUGUUGAGGUGCUUGCAGGCCUGACUUUAGGAGAUGGUUUCUUCUUCCAUGUCAUCCAAAGUGCAAGCUUAACUUGCUCUCUUCUUCCUAACAUUGAUGUCCCCAUUGUUUUGAAUUUAAAGAGCCUUGUUUCAGAACCAGAUGGUCUUAGUGUAUCUGAGUUCAUGGAAAAAAUAUCAAGGUCCUUAAUUAUCAAUCCUGAACUCAAACAUAGGAUUAUUGGGGUUUUUAUUCAUGACCCAUCCUACCAAUCUUUCCAUAGAGAACUUCUUGGUGAAGAGAAGAGACCAAUCAAAGAAGCAAUUUAUGACACAUAUACCACAAACCCUACGACGAUGCCCAUCACAGUUCCGUCGACAAUUCCGACACCAAUUCCAACUAUUAUCACCGUACCCGCUAACAACCCUUCCACUGUUGUUCCCACAAAUCCCUCAAUGAAUCCUAUAACUUCACCAAUUACGUUCCCUUCAAUAAAUCCUUACCCAACACCCAUCACAAACCCUGCAAAUCCUACAAAUUCACCAAUAACUGUUCCUGCCACAAACCCAAUGCCAGAUCCUGUUACAAACCCCGCAAAUCCGACAGAUAUUCCGAUAACUAUUCCUUCCACAAAUCCUAUGCUAAAUCCCACAACAAAUCCUAUAUUCCCACCUCCAUUAAUGCCUGUGACAAACCCCGCUACAACUCCUGCCACAAAUCCAGUUACUCCUUAUUCAUCAAUGGCACCACCAUUCAACAAUCCAGCUACUAAUCCUGGAACAGUUCCUGUAUCGCCAGCCACUUUGGGACAAACUUGGUGUGUGGCAAAACCUGGUUUGCCAGAUUCUGCACUCCAGGUUGCUUUAGAUUAUGCUUGUGGGAUGGGAGGGGCUGACUGCUCAGCAAUACAAGAGACAGGAAGCUGCUACAAUCCAAACACGUUGCAAGCCCAUGCAUCAUAUGCUUUCAAUAACUAUUAUCAAAGGAAUCCGAUGCCAUCUAGCUGCGAUUUUGGAGGAACUGCCAUUAUUGUUACUGUUAAUCCUAGCACAUCAACUUGCAUUUAUCCAUCAUCAAGUUCUACUUACGGUUACAAUCCCACAGCUGGUUACAACCCUGCAAGUGGUUUAAAUCCUUCUACUGGUUUGAAUCCUGCCAACGGCUUUAAUCCUGCUUCUGGUUUCAACCCUGCUUAUGGUUUCAACCCUGCUUCUAGCACCGGCUCUGGUUCGAUCUCGGGUUCAGGUUCAUCAGGGUCAACAGUGCUCAACUCCAGCUCUUCUGGUAGCUCAAGUUCAAGCACAGAUUUUGGAUCUGAUAAUCCAAGUAGCAGCAGAAGCUGUGGCUCAAUCUCUCUUCUAAUUUGUUGUGUGCUUCCAAUCUUUGCCCUUGUAACAUCUGGUAGGUUCUGAAUAUUAUGACUUGUUCUUUAUAGUUAAAAUGAUGUAGAUUUGCUGAACUGUGGACAACUACAUCUCUGAUGUAUAUAUGGAUUUUGUUUGAAAAAAGUUUUCUCAAUUUGGAAUUA